CCCAGCGGCUGCGCCCGCCCUGCGCUCACUCAGCUGCCGGCAUGGAUGGCCGCGCUCAGCAGGCGGCCGCCCCACCGUCUUCAGGAAGAAAAUCUAAAGCACCUCCCCCUCCAUCUGAAAUAAAAUUUGUUGCUGUUUCUGCAUUUGAUGACACUGAACCGGACACCAUUGUCAUGGAACAGAAAGAGAAUGUGAUCGAUAAAGAUAUUGAACUGUCAGUGGUCCUGCCAGGAGAUGUAAUCAAAUAUACUACAGUUAAUGGGAGGAAGCCCAUGAUGGACUUGCUGAUUUUUCUCUGUGCACAGUAUCAUUUAAAUCCAUCAAGUUACACUAUAGAGUUGGUAUCAGCUGAAAAUAGUCAGGUUAAAUUCAAACCAAACACACCAGUGGGAAUGCUUGAAGUGGAAAAGGUGAUUUUAAAACCAAAACAAAUGGAUAAGAAGAAACCUGCUCCAGUUAUACCAGAGCAAACUGUAAGAGUAGUGAUAAACUACAAGAAGACACAGAAGACAGUAGUAAGAGUUAGUCCACAUUCACCUCUUCAAGAACUCAUGCCAGUUAUCUGUAAUAAAUGUGAGUUUGAUCCUUCACACACUCUGCUGUUGAAGAAUUACCAGUCUCAAGAACCCCUUGAUGUGACAAAAUCUCUGAAUGACCUUGGACUAAGAGAAUUAUAUGCCAUGGAUAUCAGUCGAGCCACAUCACCAGUUGAUUUAAAUUUACCAUCUUUGCAAGACUCCUACCAGUCUGAAAACUUCGAUGUUCUGAAGGAGAAAGAAAACAAAGGAUUCUUCAGCUUUUUUCAGCGAAGCAAGAAGAAGAGAGAACAAACUGCCAGUGCCCCAGCAACCCCAUUGAUGACCAAGCCAAGACCAACGUUUAUCACGAGAUCUAACACCGUUAGCAAGCAGUAUGAUUCAAACACUCUGCCAUCAGAGAUGCCAAAGAAACGGAGAGCUCCUUUACCACCUAUGCCAAAUUCUCAGAGUGCUCCCCAGGAACUUGGACAAGCCCAAGUCAGACCAGCAUCUGGUCUUGUGAAAUCAAACAGCUUUGAUAGGAAUGAGCAGGCCCCUUCAGGAUUAGUACGGAAAGGUUCUCUGCCGCUCAGCGACACUGCUUCUGUGAAUUCCUCUCUGCGGAGGAUGAAGCGCAAAGCACCCUCACCUCCCUCUAGAGCACCAGAAGAUCAAAGUGAAAGCAGCAAUGAGACUGUAUCACAGGAUACAGAAUCAGGCCCUACUAAAGUAGAUGAAAGACCCUCUGAAAUACCAUCUGAAACAGGUGUGAAGAACUCAGAAUACAGCCUGGAAGAAAUUGAUGAAAAGGAAGAGGUGAAUGUGCAUCAGCGAGAGGACAGCGAAAGUACCUCUCUUGGGACAGGAGAGGUUACUGCAGCCCUCAGCUCUGCUGAGGUACCACUGAAAACUGAAAGAAGUGAUCCUGCUUCAUCAGCUCCAGUUCCUGGCAGUGCUUCUGUUGACAACUCACAAGGCUGCAGGGAAGAAAAACAAGAAAAUAUGAGCACAGAUGGCAAAGGACUACAGACGAAGAUAAGCAGUGAGCAAGCUGCAUUUGAAAAAGACAGGAAGCUUAGAAUUUUGGAUCAAAAUAAAAGUGAUGAUCACAGUGAUACAGAACUCCUUCCAACAACAGAAGAAAGUAAAGAACUUCAGACAGCUAAAAUUAAAACAGUGGAUUUUAGAGAAAAUAACAAGCUUGAAGUUGACAGACUAUCAAACUGCCAAGCAUGUAAAAAUGACAUCUCUGUAAGUCACAGGAAUUAUCCUCAUCUGAUUCCAGAAAAGCAAGAUCAGAAAACAAAUCUAAGUAGCUUGGAUCCAGUGAAAACUCAGGAUGUGGCAAUCCAGACAGGUCCACCAGAUAGCAAUUUGGGAAGGACUACACAGAGAGACAUGAGUAUUCUUCAGGGUUGUGAAUCGUCCACAUUCAGAGGACUGGUCCCUCAACACAAUAUGGAUACAAACAACCCCCUUCUUCAGGUGAUGCAUGGAAUACAAGAGGAUAAAGAUACUACAGCAGAACAAAAUCGUGAGAGACAGGAAGCUACUCAUGAAAGAGUAAUUCCUGUAAGAGACCAGAGUCACGUUUGCAUAAAUGGCAGUAGUUUUGCUUCACCAGAAACAACUGCAAAACCUCCUGAUAGCUCUCCUGUAAAAGGUUACCCUCAUUAUAGACAGGACAGCAAACCUAAACCCAAGCCUGCUAAUGAAAUUACAAGGGAUUACAUCCCAAAAAUUGGAAUGACAACUUAUAAAAUAGUGCCCCCCAAAUCCUUAGAAAUAAUGAAGAGCUGGGAAUCAGAAAUUGCAUCAGAUCGUAAGGAUCAGGAGGUGUCUGCUAUGGAAAGCUCUCUGAAGCAGGGAGACCCCAAAGAAUUGAGACAGCAAGCUGAAAUUCCUCAUCUUCCAAAAAGCCAGAGCCAUUUACAGGUUGGUGCACAGAAUGAAGCUGCAGUAGGAAAUGAUCUGCACGGAGCAAACAGCAUUUCUGAACCUGUUGUGAUGUCUGGAACUGAGGCUACUACUGAAAGCAAUUGGACAGAGAGAGAAUCUCCCAAACAGCAUGUCCCCUUGGUGCUAGGCUUGGAUAAUACAAAUGCUUCUGCUGAGACUCAGGACAAAUCACAUUUAUUGAGCCCUACAAUGAAGCCUAGUUCUUUUUAUCUGCAGAUGCAGCGAAGAGCUUCAGGUCAUUAUGUAACAUCUGCAAUUGCCAGAAGUACUGUUUGUGCUCCUAAUGCCGUUCCAAAUGAAACUAAGAAUACAGAGAUGGGGAAAAAAGAUUCAUCACCCGAUCAACCUCUGUCUUUACUUAAAACCAGUACUUCCUCUCCUCCAGAAGAUGAAGGAAACACUGAUGAUGGGAAAAGGAUUGAAUCCCCCAGUUAUUCUGCAAGCAGUAAACCUCCAAGCUUUCCCUCCUGUCCUCCAGCGCCGUUGAACCUGAGGACUCUAAGAACUUUUGCAGUUCCAAAGCCGUACUCCAGUUCGAGACCAUCCCCUUUUGCUCUUGCUGUCUCCUCAGCAGUCAAAAGGUCCCAGUCCUUCAACAAAACACGUGCAAUCACUAGCCAGGCCAGGAAAGAGGAUUGUCCUGUUGAGCUCUCCUUUGCCACUUCAGCAUCUGAAUUCUCCUCAGCUACCUCCGUGCCUGAUGUGAAAACCCCUUCCUUGCAGACUGUAGCGGGGGGUUCACAAAGCAGUCUAAUGGAUAAGAAAAGCAGCAAUGUGGAUAAUGAGCAGAAGAGUCAGGCGCAGUCAGGUGCUUCCGCUGACCACCCACCCCUUGUCACCAAGAGACAAACUGCGAUGAUGUUCCAGCGCUCUGACCCAGAACAGAUCCACCAGAGCUUACUGGCUGCCAUCCGCUCUGGGGAAGCUGCUGCCAAGUUGAAAAGGGUUGGUCCUCCAUCCAACACCCUAUCUGUCAAUGGAAGAGCCAGACUUCCUCAUUUGUAUUCCACAGAAGCAAAAGCUAAUCACUAAAUACUGUACCAAAUAUUUUGCACUUUACUCUUUGCUUUCUAGGCCAAUUUUAAUACUAACUAAAACUUUUGAGAGUGUAAAUGCAAGGAUAUGUUAAUAUAUUUUUGUCAGUUCUUAUAGGAAUUUCCAGAUGCCUUAGAAAGAUGAUUAGAACAUGUAAAUGACACUAACAUUUUUGCCUUUUUCUGACUAUGCUGCUGAAAAGGUGCAGAUGAGUCUUGCUUAUGGUAAAACCAGAAACAAAACCCCUUGGUUUUUAGCAUUCCGGACUGAACACUACACAGCACUGUGCUGAAAAUGCAGAUUUUUAAGCACUCUAAGAACUGCAGAUCAUUAGAUUUCAAUUGUGUAUUAGUCUAACAGAUUGUCUGAAUUUAAAUUUGCCACAUGCUGCCUCCAUAUUACUUAAAUUAAAUUUGUAAUUAACAAGAUAAUAUUAAUGAUAUGCAAUACUUUGCUUCUGUUUAAAAAAAUACAGGACGGUUUUGUUCCUCCAGCUGAGAGUAGUAAGGAUAAGUGUUUUGAUUAUUUUUAAUUGCCUUUUAAUACUUUUUUUCCUCCCCUCUUAGCCUGUGCACACAAAAAUAAUCAAUGCAUAAAUUAUUGAAACUUUUGUACUGCUUAAAAACCUUUUCUUAAUGAUAGCACUACUUGAUGUCCCUCAUCUACUCUCUGAGUACCUGUAUAUAGUAUUUACUAGCACUCAGAUAUGCAAUACUUUUAGUGAACUAGACAGCUUUUAAAGGAGCCAUCAGCAUAUAAUCACUUAGCAAUAAACCCCAAAAUCCAUUUUUUUGCAUCAAAUAGAAGAGUUUUUUUUUUCACUGGGAGUAUGGCAAAAGAAAUGAGCAGCUUUUGGAUGUAUUGCUGUGAAACGUUUUCAUUCUAAAGCAGCAGAAGAACACAUCCUUGUGUCUGACAGCAUCUAUUUAUAGAUGAAACCUUAAACACCAAAAUGAGAAUAUAUAUAUAUGUUAAAAGAAAAUGCUUCAUAUUUUACCUAUUUUGUGUUUUCUUUUCAAGACUGUAGGUUUUGUGGAGGGGAUGGAAGUAUGCUCACACUUAGGAUGGAUAAAGAUUGCGGAUGCAUGCUGGGGUAUUUGCCAUGUUAAAAUGUUUUCUUGCUGGACUUGAUUUAAAUAAAAGUAAUUGUAUUUAGUUUCUAUUCUUUAACAACAUAUUUAUUUUGUACUUCAGAGACGUUCUGUAACAGUAUCUGAAACUGAGCUAGAGAUGCAUUUGGAAGGGUUUAUCUGAAACUGAGCUAGAGAUGCAUUUGGAAGGGUUAUUAGCGGUUCGCUGCCAGGUUUUUGUGCAAUAGUUUUGAGAAGGUCUUGCUACGUUUUUUAGUACAGAGUCAAUUACUGAUUGCAAAUAACAGUGUUAAUGCUGAAACCCUUCAAGGAAUGUUAUAGUAAAUAAAAAUUAAUGAAGAGAGCUGACAAA